CCUAUCCUACGCCCUUCGGUUCUGAUUUUGACCAAGAUCAAGCGCUGUGUCCACUUCAUCGGCUCUACCAGGCCCAAGUCUAUGCACAAGCUCGAGUCUGAUCUUGACGACAUCGAAAAUAUCCUCUUGUAUCUCAAGAAACAUGGCGAAAAGAUUAAUUUUGCAAGUUACUCGUCGCCAACCCCCGACAGACUGUACGCGGCCGUAGGCAAGCUCUUGCAGCACUAUCGGAGCGAAGGACUAGAUGACAUGGUAGACACCCUACUCUGGGCCUUGGAGGAAAGCGAUCGUGCAAAGGUCGACUCGGCUUGA